AUGUUCUACGCUCAAUUCGUCCUCUCGAAAAAGGGCCCACUAGCAAAGAUUUGGCUUGCCGCUCAUUGGGAGAAAAAGCUAUCAAAGGCGCAAAUCUAUGAGACGAAUGUACAAGAUGCCGUUGAUGAGAUCAUUAAACCAAAGAGCAAAAUGGCGUUACGAACCACCGGACAUCUCCUAUUGGGAAUCGUGAGAAUCUACUCACGCAAAGCGAAAUAUCUGCUAGCCGAUUGCAAUGAGGCUUUUCUGAAGAUCAAAAUGGCUUUCCGUCCUGGCAUCACCACCGAGUCGUUUGAAGAUGGUGGUGAUAUGAUGAGUGCUCCGGCUAUUCAACUACCAGAGGUUUAUGCCGACUUUGACUCGGCUCUUCCUGAUUUCAAUGAUGUCGACCUUCAACAACAACUCCAUAUCAAUCAAAGUCGAAUCGAUGACAUCACUUUGAAAGAAGAUCUUGCGACUGAUUCGAAUGCUUUUGGAAAUGAUUUUAUGAUGGAUGAUUUCGGAGAGUCAAAACUCGGUGCAGGGGUAAACUUCGACUUUGAUGAUAACUUUGGAAUGAUGGCACCUGGAGAGGAUUUCGAACAGAUCAGAGAUUUCGGAAACAACACAACUAACAAGUCACGUGACAUUCGUGAGCCAACUCCAAGCCUCGAAGGAGCAAGGGCUCCUGGCGCAAACAUUUUCGACGAUGAUGACAUGGGAGGAGUUGAUGAUUUCGAUGAUGUCGAUGAGAACAUGAGCCUUUUCAAUGAGCCACGUGAAAUGGACAUGGAUGCACCAGGCGCUGAUUUAGCCUCAGAAGAUGGACUUCAUCCCCAGCACAGUGAUCUUGUAUCGGAAGCGGGAACAGAGACCUAUCCACUUGGUCCAUUGGAGACUGCCUCGAUCACUUCAGAGGUUCGCCGUGUCGGUCGUCCACGCAAGCGCAGACUUGUCAUCGAUGAGCCGAAAAAUAUCAGUGGCGACGAAAUGAAAUCCCAAAUGGCUAAUUAUGCGGACACACUUCAACCUCUUGACUUGGCUCCACCAACAAGGAAACUGAUGAAAUUGCGUGAAUGCGGAAAUGUGGAAAAACUCUUUCAUUUGCCUGGAAAUGAUGUGCUCCGCGCUAAGGCCCUCGUCAAGUUCUACCAAAGCAGCUUGUUGCCAAAUGUGAAAGGACAAGAAGUUGCCGAGAAUCUUCGCAAAGAGCUCGAGAUGUCUGAAACGGUUGAAGACUCGGAUAUUGGAAGUCAGACUGUGCCUGAUGUUGAUGACUUUGAUGUGGGUGGAAUCGAUGAUAUGUUCGAUGAGCCGAUCCCCAUGCCUGAACCAGGAAAUGAUGAGGCGGAUUCGAGUCUCGAGGAGAAGAAAGACGACAAAGAAGACGCGAAAUCGAAGAAGGAACGAAAAAGUCGACAAGCACAAGAGGCAGAAGAAGAGGCUGGAGAGGGUGAUGAGGAGCAUCGAUUCACGAAACGCACUCAAAAUGUGCUCCACUCAAUCUCGACAAAGUUGCGCGCGAGUAACGAUGAUCAGAUUCUUCUCUCCGAUUUGCUCACAAAAGCCUCAAACAAGAAGACGGCCGCUCAGAAAUUCUACACUUUAUUGGUGCUAAAGAAAUGGCAAGCAAUCGAUUUGACGCAAUCAAAGCCAUUCGAUGACAUUGUUGUUACAGCUGGACCGAAUAUUGAUCAAACUGUCGCACAU